UUUGGACAAAAUGGCUGAAGAGAAAGGACCAUUCGUUUUUAAAGAAUAUGUGGAUCUGAUGGUUUUUCAUUAACUGUACACAAUAUGUUUUGGAGAAAAGUAACACUCCUGAAUCCUUUUCCGUCCAUACAAACAAAACUUUCAAAUCAUACUUUUGGCGAGAAACUAUUAUAUUCAAACUCUGAUUACUGUGGCUGUGUAAAUAAGAUAUUUUGAUUUUGUUACUGUGAUGCCUAUUUGAUUCAGGUUAAGGCGAUGUGGCCCUGGGCCUCUUAUAAUCUUUUUACAUGCAUAUCUUGAUAAGAUCAAGAUACGAUAAUUAAAAUAUGUUUUAAAUGUUUAAAGACAGCGUUAGUAUGAAAAUUAUUUAAUGUAACAGGUAACUCUUGCUUCUGUAGAACAUACUUCAUUUCGGGUUUAUAUGGUUAAGAUAACCAACGAUUUCUUUUUUUAAAAUACAAAUUAUCCCAUUUUUAAAAUGUCCUUCGCCAAAAUAUUUAUUUCUCUCAUUAAGAUUGUUUUAACCAGAUAAAUGUUUGACUUGUAUAACUUUUACAAAAAGAUAGAUACUGAAAAUGUCUUUCGUAAAAUCAUUAAGGAUUUUCAUUUUGAUAAAAAAAUUCUUUACUUGGAAUAUAUUUAAAAUGCAUUUUAAUUAUUAAGUAUAUACUCUUUAUUUUCAUAAGACGUUCUGUAGAUGACCCGGAAGUGAAAGAGUAUAUAAAAUUAGACAAUGAUGUGCUGGAGACAUUUGGUUCCGUUUUUUUGAGGACGUAUUUCCCUAUCUGAAAAAACAUCUUUACGACGGCCAAUUGGAAGAAAUUGCUUUUGAUUUCAGAAGAAGUGCUGAACAUUCUCCGGAAAAAAUUCAAAGAACAUAAGGAAACCUUCCAACCAAAAGUAAACAGUGACUUUGUAGACAGCACGCUUAUCGCCAAACAGGAAGCGAAGGAUGAGGGCGAUGAGGCGGCCCUGGAGAUCUUGUAAGAUACGCACCUGGUCCAGACAAUUUCUGAUAUUUUCUUUGCGGGGUAGAUACAACUAGUUUCACAAUGGACUGGUUCGUUUAUUUCAUGACACGAUUUCCAGAAUUCCAAGCAAAAUGUCAGGAGGAAAUUGACAGAGUUGUUGGUCCCCAUCAGCCCUCGAUGAAGGAUAGAAGCAAACUGGAUUAUACCGAGGCCUGUCUAUUUGAAUCGAUGCGACUUUCAAAUGUUCUUGGUCUAGGGGUCCCACACAUGACAAUCUGUGAUUCACAAAUUGGGGGAUACGAUGUACCAAAAGGCACUACUGUAUUAGUUAACUUCUGGGCACUUCACCAUGACCCUAAACAAUGGAAGGACCCAGAGCAAUUUGACCCACAUCGCUUUCUUGAUGAAAACGGUAAAAUGAAAUUUAUAAAACCGGAAAGUUGGCUUCCAUUCUCAGCCGGACGCCGAGUUUGUUUGGGAGAAACGUUUGCCAAACCAGAGAUCCUACUGAUGUGUGCCAAUCUUCUACAGCGAUUUGAAAUAAGUCUCCCAGAGGGCGUGAACCCAAUUUAGAGUAUGAUAUUAUAUGCAGGGAUUUGGUGUAGAGCUUAAUUCCGAUUACAAAAUCGUGGUGAAAGAGAGAAGUAGAGAUUAAAGAAUAAUGGCGCCUGCGAUCCUUUUUGUAUUACAGCCACAGUCAAAUUGUUAUAGAAAAGUAUUUAGAUUGAUUGCGAAAUAUGCAGCAGUAGUAUUAUCAUAUUUGUUAUAUCUAAAUGUUGUUACGUUAUCAUUUUGUGGAACCAAAUAUGGAAUGUUUUUGAACAAUUACGUGUUAAAUACAUUCCGUUACAACGCAUAUCAGAAUUUUUGAAAGUUAUUUUUUUCAAAUUUUCUAUUCUUUCCUAUAAAAUACAAUGUAGUUUGUUGGGUUUAAGUAUAAAUUGUUAACAAAAACAUGUUUUUU